AAUCCCCUCCAUUGCGUAAAAGUGUUAAAAAUAUAUUUCACUUGACGCACAAAAAUCAGUGAUGAAUUAAUAUGAAGUUCCCGCAACUAUUCUUUCUUACAGGUUAGCCAAUUUGUAUCAUUAAAAAUCUCGUCGAUUUUCAUUCCAUAAGGUUUCCUAUUGCGGUUGUGGCCGUGCUGCAUGGGCGAUUCGCUGGCUUUUUGGGAUGUGAGGUUACGCUCAUCCGACCAUAUGGCAUAAAAUUAGGUUAACUACGCUCUCCCGUACCUGACGGCCGUUUAACUUUCACGUCUCUCAGGGUUUUCGUAGUGUAGCGGGUGAAUCGUGUCUGCGUACCAGUGCGGAAGUUCUGUUGUUUGUGGAAUUGUGAACGUUGCGUUAAAACAUUUUUCAUAUAGUACCAGUAGCCACAUGGACUCUAUCACAAUGAACGAAGAUAAGAAAGAAAAGUUAAUUGAUUUGAUCAAGGUCCAAGGGGAGGUUGUGCGAAAAUUAAAAGCUACACAAAGUAGUAAAGAGAAGGUUAAAACGAAACAUUUAGGGAGAGAAAAAGACCUUCAUGUGUUAAAUGAUUAUCUCGCAAAUGCUAGCUAUUUAGGCGGUUAUAGCCCUACACAUGUUGACAGUGCAAUGCUUGAAGCUCUGAAUGGUCCCCCAUGGCCUUGUAAUGUACCUCAUCUUGAACGAUGGUAUCAUCAUAUGAUGAGUUUCUCUGUGGCAGAACGUACGGCCUUGCCAGCUAGUGUACUGCCAACACGACUUGUUGCCUUAUUUGCAACCAAUAACCAUAUCAGUGAUUUAGAGGAAAAGAUUGCAGAGGAAGUGAAAAAACUUCUUGAUUUAAAAGCUCAGUUAGGUGAUGAAGUUGUUCCUCAGAAAUUUACCUUAAAGACACCAAAAGGCACCAGAGAUUAUGGACCUCAACAAACAGCCUUACGAUCAAGUGUAUUGGAAAAAAUUAUUGCAGUCUUUAAACGCCACGGAGCUGAGACAAUUGAUACACCAGUUUUUGAAUUGAAGGAAGUUCUCACGGGAAAGUAUGGUGAAGAUUCUAAAUUAAUUUAUGAUCUUGCUGACCAAGGUGGGGAAAUUUUAUCUUUACGUUAUGAUUUGACUGUACCAUUUGCCCGCUAUUUAGCAAUGAAUAAAAUAACAAAUAUCAAGAGAUACCACAUAGCCAAAGUCUACCGACGAGAUAAUCCUGCCAUGACAAAAGGACGUUACAGGGAAUUUUUUCAAUGUGAUUUUGAUAUCGCAGGCCAGUAUGAUCCAAUGAUUCCAGAUGUUGAAUGCGUGCGUGUUGUUUCUGAGAUCCUGCGAUCUUUGCAAUUAGGAGAGUUCGUUGUGAAAGUUAAUCAUCGUCAGUUGUUGGAUGGAAUGUUUGAAGCAUGUGGUGUUCCAGCUGAUAAAUUCCGUUCCAUUUGUUCAGCUGUUGAUAAAUUGGACAAGUUAUCAUGGGAAGACGUUCGAAAGGAAAUGGUGGAAGAGAAAGGUUUGGCAGUGUGUGCUGCGGAUGCCAUUGGACAAUAUGUUUGUUUGAGUGGAGGCAUUGAAUUGGUGGACCAGUUAUUAAAUGAUGAGAAACUGAAGAAGGCAAAGUCUGCUUGUGUUGGUUUGGAAGCAAUGAAAAUUUUCCUGCAAUAUUGCAAUAUUUAUGAUUUACAAAAACAAGUUAAGUUUGACCUCAGCUUAGCUCGAGGCCUUGAUUAUUAUACAGGAGUCAUUUAUGAAGCAAUUUUACUUGGUGAAGAGACAGGAGACAAUAGUAGUGAAGGAAUAGAAGUUGGAAGCAUAGCUGGAGGUGGGCGUUAUGACAAUUUAGUUGGGAUGUUUGACCCUCGUCAUAAGAAUGUACCUUGUGUUGGAGUAAGUAUAGGAGUUGAAAGAAUCUUCUCAGUACUAGAAGCUCGGCUUUCUGCCCAAAAGCUUAAAAUUCGAACCACAGAAGUGGAAAUUUUCGUUGCAUCUGCUCAGAAAAACUUGUUAGAAGAAAGAAUGAAGCUGUGCAAAUUAUUGUGGGAUGCAGAUUUUAAGGUGGAAUCAUCUUACAAACGUAAUCCAAAGUUGUUAGCUCAACUUCAAUAUUGUGAAGAGAGCGGUAUACCUUUAGCAGCCAUCUUAGGUGAAUCCGAGUUGGAACGUGGAGUUGUUAAAUUGCGUGAUGUUGAAUCUCGACAAGAAGUAGAAGUGGCUAGAGAUGUGUUAAUUAAUGAAAUUAGGCAAAGACUAGAAACAAAGUCAGCAUAAUCUAGAAGAUGACUUUUUUCCAACAUCUUCCGGAACACCAAAGGGAACCUUGAAAACUUUGGAAACUGGAAGAGUGACUAUAAUAGAUUGCAUUAUUAAUAAUUGUAGUUUUUAGAAGUUCUGGGAGUUUUGAUUUAAAAGAUCAUACUUUUUUUAUUGUAAGUAGAAGGAAUGAAUUUUGUAAAAUCAAAAGCCAAUAGAGAGACCUACUUUCGUGCUUUUCUGCGGAUUCAGUAUUUCACCUUUCCUGAGAACAAAAUGCAGUUCAGUAUAGUUUUGAACAUUUGUGUCUUUGAUUUGUUCAAUUAAACAAAAUAUAAGUACAAGUUUUUUGAAUUUAUUUCGGCAUUGUUAUUACUUAUGAUAAAGAGCCAAAUUCAUUGUUUUAACGAUUGGGAAAUGUUCCCAUUCUGUCUCUGAUCUUUCAUCAUGUAGUCAUUAUUCAUUAUGUUUUGCGGUAUCCUUCAUACUUUGAGUGUCCUAACACCUCAUCAUUUGAAGAGUUCAGAGGUGAAGCAUGAUAAUCAGAAAUGCUUUUGAUGUACUAGAAGGAAAUUAAGUAUGGUUUAAGUAGGUUACAUAAAAGUGACAAAUAUAGGAACCAUCAUUGAGCCGUGAAUCAAAUGAUGUGAGUACUGACACACUAUACAAUAAGUGACUGAAGCCAAAACAUAUAGUAUCAUAAAGAACAGUGCAGUUUUGCGUGAUGCCAUUUUUACACCAAGCUCAUUUGAUAAUUUCCACAUUAUCAUUUUUCUGGAAAAACUGCUAUUAUAUAUGUUAUAAUCCUGUAAAACCUAUAAAACUUCAGUAUGUUAUCUGUUGGAUAGAGCCUCAUUUUUCACAAAAAAUAAUUGUUUCAUCCCUGAAUUUACCUUAAUUCAGGGAAUUUGCUUAUCCCUGAGAAUUCUUUGAAAUUUACUGCAUUAAUUAUGAUGUUCUUCAUUCAGUCUUUGCAAAUUACUUCUGAGCAGUGCAUAAAUGGUAGAAAAAUCUUAAAUCAAUAACAAUUUUAAGGGUGUUGCAGAUUAUAAAUUGUGGAUAUGUUCAAUAAAACCAACAUUAAUUUAUGAAACUGAAAAAUAUUGCAGGUGGUAGUACUCAUUUACUCCUGUCCAGGGUGUUGAUUAUUUUGCUUCUUUUAAAACAAUAUUUUCCUCCUCGCCAAAUGUUCAUGAGAAUUUUAUCACAAAAUUCAGAAUAAGUAAUCUGUGACUUAUUUGUAAUUAUUUAAAUUUAUUAAGUAUUUUAUUGCUUUACUUUAGUUAUGUUGCAAGUUCUUGAAGUUGAUAAUUCUUUUUAGAAAACUUUUUUAUUUUAAGUUGCACUUGAGCAUUAUAAAAAUUUCCAGUUUUAGUUAAUCCUGAUUUUUUUCUGUUUCCCAUUCAAGUGGAAAUGACUUGACUGAACUGAAAGAGUGUCAACUUUUAGAUAAAGUUUGCCAUUGGAUAUAUUCAAUUAUACUAUAAUUUUGGAGAUAAUAAAUACCAUUAUUCAGAGUUAUAAAAUGUGUAUGUGAAGAUGAGAGACAGGAUUAUAAUCAAGAUAAGAGACAUUCUUACUUUAAAAUUUGGAACUAUUUUUAUUAAUUUAUUAAUGAAAAUAUGUAUUUUUUCUAUUUUACAAAAACUAUUUUAAAUUCUUCCCUCAGAUCUUUAUAUUUAAAGGUCAUCUUGUAUCUAACAGUACUUGAUAAGUUCUAUAUUCUACUUCAUUAAAUGAAGAUGGACUGCAGUUUAUUUAUUGGGGAUGAAGUGCUUUUAUUUAGUUUUUUUUUUUUUUUUAUAAACCUUAUUUAU